CUCCUCGACCCUUCAGUUUCAGUUCCAGUCCUGCCAAUAUUUGAUCUUCUCGUUAAAAAACCUUGUCGUCAAAAUGAAUUCUCAAGUAACUAACCUGGCCAUCAUCCUUGUGAUGAUGCAGCUGGCGAAGAAGGUUCCUUUUGACAACCCAGACGUCCUCUUCCUCGUCCGUUGCAUAUAUCUCGCGUCCAAUGUGAUCAUUCUUGGACUUUACAUGUACACGCAAUCCAAGAUCACUCAAAAGAAGGAUAUGACCACUCUGAAGUACGUCGAGCCUGCCCCCAUGGGCAGCGGCGAGGAGCCUCGCCCCGUGACGACUACCAACAUGGAUUACGACAAGGGACAACUGCGCCAGUUGAUGAAGUCGCAGCUCAUGGGAGUGGGUAUGAUGGGUGUCAUGCACCUGUACUUCAAGUACACCAACCCCCUCCUGAUUCAGUCGAUCAUCCCUCUGAAGAGCGCAUUGGAGUCGAAUCUCGUUAAAAUCCAUGUGUUCGGGAAGCCCGCCACUGGAGACCUUCAGCGUCCUUUCAAGGCCGCCAGCAGCUUCCUGGGCCAGGGCCAGGUCAAGAGCGACAAGGCCUCCGUCGAGAACGCCGAGAAGAACUUCCGUGGCGGUGUCAAGGAGGAGUAGAUAUGACAGUUGUGGGCAAGAAUUUCUUUCUUCACCUGUAUUUAUAGAGGUGACUUCAAUGCAGACUUAGGAGGUGAUCAAGACUGCAACGGAGUUGCUAGACCAGGACAUGAAUAACGGCAGGGUGAUAGUCGCAAUCGAUCACAUUGAAUUAAGAAUGUCACUGGUUUCCUGACCGCUACAAGAACAUCAGUUUAUGUAUGAGGGCUCAUCCGAAGACUUGUCCCCUUCAGUGUAGACUGUGUUGGAUUAACUCCUUUGAUAUCUAAACGACUGUUCGCAACCGGCGAGCGUCAAGGAAAGUUGUCUCAAAACGCUUUGG